UUGAUCAAACACGAACUACUUGUAAUUUAUUACUAAGACGAAGAAAUCAUUUCGAUCAUUUUCGAUUGACAAAGAAAUUUUUAAAGUCAGGAAAACUUGAAUAGAAUCAAAACCCGAAUUUUUCUUAUCAAUUUUUAUCGGUGAUACGAAUUUAUAUAAAAAAAAAGAAAAAAAAACAAACAAGAGAGAGAAAAAAAAUCAUCGAGAAAGAUGAAGCCAAUCUACAAUUUUCUAAUUCUAUUAUUUCUACGAGAGGCAUUCGGUGCGGUUGCUAGGAAACCCCCAGCUUUUUCAAAUCCAGUCUAUUCGAAUGCAUAUCUUCCAGCAGCUAUGCAGGUGAUAUUUCAUGCCGUGGAUCAAUUAAAAAUAAUUCAAGCGGAUAAAACAACCGAAACUACGAGCAUUACUUCUUCUUCUUCUUCUUCUACUUCUUCGACCGUACAAAUAAACGAACCUACUACCAUAAUCGAUGAUAAUAUUAAAGAAACCGAAAUAAUGGAAAUGGCUGAAACUGUUACGGAAAGUUCUAAUAGUAAAAGUGAAGAAAAAUUGUAUAAAGUCGAAUAUCAAACGACUUUGGGUAGCUUAUUCGGUGAUCAACAUCAGGAAUUACCAGAAGCUCACGAGGAAACGCCGGAAAUGAAUUAUGCAACUCCGGAAACGAAUUAUGAGAAAGCUGAAAUGGCCGAGGAAGACACGGUAGAAAUGAAUCAAGAGCUUCCGGAAAUAAAUGAAGAGGAAUCAAAUAUCGAUUCGAAAGAUUUGCCAUCGUCUACUACCACUACCACCAAUAAAAUAUCUCUAGAAAACCAACCCAGCAUCGAUAGUAUAGUAGAAGGGAUUUACGAGAUUCUCAAACCCACUUCGACGGAUAUUUAUGAAGAUGGGUACGAUGAGUAUAACGAAAACUUAAAGAUAGACAAAAUCGAAGAAGAGGACGAUGAAAACAGGUUCACGAUGCUAGGGGAAAAAGUGACACAAGUACCAAGGCCAAGCUUGAGCAACUACUUAAAGCGUGCCAAAGUAGAGCCUAGGGCAUCUUUAGUGCAGUUGGCAUCUCUUUACGAUGCCCUUGGGAAAGAUGCAAGGAAGCAGGGUUAUGGUAAGUACUUUGGAUACUCCAAAGAAGUCCUGCAGGUGCUCGAAACAUCAGCCGAAGGUGGUCUAGGAUCCCAAUUGAAGAAAUUAUUGGACAAAAUCCUUGAAAGGAAUGAACUUACAAGGGAAGAUGCUAAAAACAAGACAAACAUGAUCAUACGCGAUCUUCAAGAACCUGCUAGCGAAAUUAGCAAAGAUCUUAGAAAUCUUUUACCACUUCGUUUCUCAUCUUAAAUAUUUUCAGUCUCUCUCU